UUGUAAUUUUGUGACAUUUAGGCACAUUUAAGGAAGUGAACAUAUAGUUUCUCCUUUUCAUACAUAUAUUGUAGAAUUAUUUCCUUGACAAUAGAUGAAAACUUAAGAAAAUACCAGGUUAAUGAAAAAGUUUUAAGUAUUUUCUAAGAAUGCAGUAACUGGUUAGGACUCUGGGCGCCGCUGUUCACCAAUCUGGGAGAUACAGGCAGUACACACACGUCAGGGGGAGGGGGAAAAAAAAGCCCUCUUAGAACCUCCAUCACCGUCAGAUUGAAACAGACUGUCCAAGACUGUCUAAAUCCUACUUCUGGAUGACUCUCCACUCAGAAUUCUCCUGAAAAUUGGGUUAAUUUCAGCUCAGAAAAACAGAAACGAAACCCUUGGUACUGGACUGGAUGAAAACUACAAAGUUAGAGAGCAAUGAAGAUUCAGAAAAAGCUGACCAGCUGCAGCCGGCUGAUGCUUUUGUAUCUUUCUCUGGAGUCACUGUUGGAAGCUGGGGCUGGGAAUAUUCACUACUCAGUGCCAGAAGAGACAGACAAAGGUUCUGUCGUGGGCAAUAUCGCCAAGGACCUAGGGCUACAACCCCAGGAGCUGGCAGAUCGCGGAGUCCGCAUUGUUUCCAGAGGUAGGAUGCCGCUUUUCGCUCUCAAUCCGAGAAGUGGCAGCUUGAUCACCGCGGGCAGGAUAGACCGGGAGGAGCUCUGCGCUCAGAGUGUGCCGUGUCUCGUGAGUUUUAACAUCCUUGUUGAGGAUAAAAUGAAGCUUUUCCCUGUUGAAGUGGAAAUAAUUGAUAUUAAUGACAACACUCCCCAAUUCCAAUUAGAGGAACUGGAGUUUAAAAUGAAUGAAAUAACUACUCCAGGUACAAGGAUCCCAUUGCCUUUUGGGCAAGACCUUGAUGUGGGUAUGAACUCACUCCAGAGCUACCAACUCAGCUCUAACCCUCAUUUCUCCCUGGAUGUGCCACAGGGGACCGAUGGGCCCCAACAUCCAGAGAUGGUGCUGCAGAGUCCCCUAGACAGAGAAGAAGAAGCUGUCCACCACCUCAUCCUCACAGCUUCUGACGGGGGUGAUCCUGUCCGUUCAGGGACCCUCCGAAUUUGCAUUCAGGUGGUAGAUGCAAAUGACAAUCCUCCAGCAUUUACUCAGGCAGAAUACCAUAUGAAUGUCCCUGAAAACGUGCCAGUGGGCACUCAGCUGCUCAUGGUAAAUGCCACUGACCCUGAUGAGGGAGCCAAUGGAGAAGUAACAUACUCCUUUCAUAAUGUAGAUCACAGAAUGGCUCAAAUAUUUCAUUUAGAUUCUUAUGCAGGAAAAAUAUCAAAUAAAGAACCGCUGGAUUUUGAAGAGUACAAAAUUUAUUCAAUGGAAGUUCAAGCCCAGGAUGGUGCAGGGCUCAUGGCUAGAGCUAAGGUACUGAUCAAAGUUUUGGAUGUAAAUGAUAAUGCCCCAGAAGUGACCAUCACCUCUGUCACCACUGCAGUUCCAGAAAACUUUCCUCCUGGGACCAUAAUUGCUCUUAUAAGUGUGCUUGACCAGGACUCAGGAGACAAUGGUUACACCACAUGUUUCAUUCCUGGAAAUCUACCGUUUAAAUUGGAAAAGUUAGUUGAUAAUUAUUACCGUUUAGUGACUGAAAGAACACUGGACAGAGAACUUAUCUCUGGGUACAACAUCACAGUAACAGCAACAGACCAGGGAACUCCAGCUCUAUCUACUGAAACUCACAUUUCACUGCUAGUGACAGAUAUCAAUGACAACUCUCCAGUCUUCCAUCAAGACUCCUACUCUGCCUACAUUACCGAAAACAACCCCAGAGGCGCCUCCGUCUUCUCUGUGAAGGCCCACGACUCAGACAGCAAUGAGAAUGCGCAAAUCACUUACUCCCUAAUAGAGGACACCAUCCAGGGAGCACCCCUGUCGUCCUACGUGUCCAUCAGCUCCGACACUGGGGUACUGUAUGCGCUGCGAUCCUUCGACUACGAGCAGUUCCGGGAUUUGCAACUGAAAGUGAUGGCGCAGGACAGCGGGGAUCCGCCCCUCAGCAGUAACGUGUCGCUGAGCCUGUUCGUGCUGGACCAGAACGACAAUGCGCCCGAGAUC